AUGGGUUCAGAAAGAGAAAAUGUUGCUGUUGUCACGGGUGCUAAUAAAGGGUUAGGUUUUGAGAUAGUAAAGCAGUUGUGUGGGCAAUAUCCUGGCUUAGUCUAUCUCACUUCCCGAGACUCCACAAGAGGGCUUGAGGCGUGUGAGAAGAUACGAAAACUCGGACUAAAAGUGUGUUAUCACCAACUUGACGUCACCGACAGUGACAGUGUUGAAAUAUUUGUAAGCUACUGCAAGGAAAAGUAUGGAGAAAUUGAUUUACUAAUAAACAAUGCCGGUGUGCUUUACCCUAAAAACACGGAACUUUCGCGUGAAACUCUUGUUCACCAAAUAGAGGAGACAAUGAAAGUUAACUUUUUCUCGCUGGUCAACUUCACUGAAUCAAUUUUGCCGCUUUUAAAAAAUGGCGGGAAAAUUAUUAAUAUAUCCAGCUCAUCGGGCCAUUUGUCGAGAAUACCGGGAGAAGAGUUGAGGAACAGAAUUAAGAGUACCGAUUCAGUAGAAGAGUUGAUAAAGUUGAUGAACAGUUAUUUGGUGGCCUGUUGUAACGGUGAGGAGAUUGAGGGCGGUUGGGGAGAUUCUUCCUACGUCGUCUCCAAAGUCGGUGUUAAUAGUUACAGUUUUAUAUUGCAUCGAAGGCUGUCUGCAAAAGACAUAUCAGUAACCUGUGUGCACCCCGGCUACGUGCAGACAGACAUGACGGGCGGCGCGGGGCAGGUCUCUGCGGGCGCGGCGGCGGCGCUGCCCGUGCGGCUGGCGCUGGCUGCGCGCGCGCAAGGAUACGUGUGGCACGACGGCCGCGCGGUACCGUGGGACGGACCCGACCCCAGGGGGUUCAUUGAUGGGAGGAAGUAAUGGUCAUUAAACGAAGGAUGUUUGUAAAGCUGCGUACAGACCGGCCCAAGGAACGCCAACGAACGGGUUUCGUUGAACUUCGUUGCUGCAAUCGCCCCUGUAUUAUGUAUGAUAAAUAUCCAUCGUUGGGCGUUCGUUAGGCCGGUCUGUACGCAGCUAAAAGUGAAGUUUAAAUCCAAAUAAACUGUAGAUUUGUUAAUACUUAACCAGGACUGGCUACUUGUUUAUUAACAUAACAAUCAGACUGUACCUUACUUAAUUUAAGUAAUUGUACCUUUUUCUUCUAGGUAAAUUAAUACUAAAUAGAAUGAAAUUAAAUUGAAAAUAAAAACUAUUUUGUCAUCA